AUGGAGAGACUCAGAAGACGUCCUAUUAAAAAUGCAACAUCUUCACUUGGUUUCUCAACAACUCGUAAAAAUGGAGGUUCCAGAGAACCAUCAAGUUCCGGAAGACAUUGGAAUGUUGCCGAUCCAACUUAUGAAAACUCCAGAUGCAGGAUCGUCAUUCAGUUUUUCGACUGCGGGAAAAAAAUGGAGAUUCCAGAAAACCUCCAAGUUUCGGAAAACAUCGGAAUCUCUCCAAUAGGAUUCACGAACAACUUCAAAAAACCACCGAAAACAAAACGCACGCGUAGAUCACACUGCGAAGUGGCAACACAAAUCCUUCAAGCUUAUUUCGAAACUUCUCAACAUCCCAGUGGUUUGCAAAUGGCGCAAUUUGCGGAGGCUACAGGUCUGAACAACAAGCAGGUCAAAGCAUGGACGACUCUCGUUCCAAGAUUAUUCGUAGUGGGAAGACAAGCUCAUCUUCAUAAUGAAAGAGACAAGAGUAUGCAAAAGAACGGAACUGAAACUGGGUUGUUUGGUUAA